AUGCCCUCGAUCAAGGAUCUGGGGAAGCGGCUCAAGUCGGUCUCGUCCACCUCGAAGAUCACCAAGGCGAUGAAGAUGGUCGCCGCGUCUAAGCUGCGUAAAGCCGAGUCGGAGAUGAUUGCCGCGCGCCCGUUUGCAGCUUCUGUGCAAAACCUCAUGAUGCCGCACAUCGGCAUCAAGGAGGGGGAGGAGCCGCCCGCUUCGGUGAUGAAGCUCGCCAUCUCCUCCGACAAGGGCCUUUGGGGGGGCAUCAACUCCAAAAUCUGCAAGGAGGUCAAGUUGGCGGUGGACGCCCUCGUCCAGCGGG